GGAAGCGCCGAGUAAACCCCAGGUGCGUCGAGAGCGCAAGCUCAUUUCUAGCUCCACACGGCCAGGGCUGGAGGUGGGCGCCCGGCGCUGGGAGGCCAGCAGACCGAUGGACCUGCCCUGCGUCCUAGGGCUCUGGGCACUGCUGGCCCUGCCAGGGGUCCUGGGCUCAGGCAGCGGUGCCAAGGACAGCCCGGGCUCCAGCUCCUCGGUCACUGUUGUCCUGCUGCUGCUGCUGCUGCUGCUGCUGGCCGCUGGCCUGGCGCUGGCCUGGCGUCGCCUGAGCCGGGACUCGGGGGGCUACUACCACCCGGCCCGCCUGGGCGCCGCGCUGUGGGGCCGCACUCGCCGCCUGCUCUGGGCCAGCCCGCCAGGCCGCUGGCUCCGGGCUGAGCUGGGGUCGCCAGAGGAGGACCCGGAGCGGCAGGAGGACGAGCAGGACGCGGAAGAUGACUACGACCUGGGUGGUGGCCACGGGGAGCGUGAAGCCCAGGAAGGGGCGCAGCGUGGAGAGGGGCCCAGCCCACAGCAGACCCCGGAGCCGGCCGAGGAAGCCUAUGACGAGGACGCCGAAGGGGGCCUGGGCCUCGGCUCCCAGGGGCCGGUGGGCUCAAGGGGCAGCGCCGAGGCCCUGCUGAGUGACCUGCACGCCUUCGCUGGCAGCGCGGCCUGGGACGACAGCAGUAGGGCAGCUGGGGGCCAGGGCCUCCAUGUCACCGCACUGUAGGAGCCAGCCCUGGUGCCACAUCCCAGCCACUGCGCCUCUGCUUCCCGAGCUGCCAUGGCUGGACACAGCCUGCCCUGGGCUCGUGUCACCCACACCCCCGCUUGGAGAGCCUCAGGCAGUCACUCCCCGCCACGAGUUCUAGUCCCCAAGUCUGUGUAUCCCUGGCCCCUCCAGGAAGGCCAUCCGUCCCCAGGGGCACUGGGCAGCCAUCUGAAAUAAAACCCCUCCGGCCCCACC